CACUUCUCCGAUCGCGUUGCGCUCGCAGCCUCGAUCUCGAACACGUUGUGGGCAUCUCGGCUUUGCCGCAUUUCCUUUCUUUCUCUCUGUACAAUAGCGUUUGGUGUCUUCUUGAGCCGUAGAGAUGGAUGAGGACUUCGACCUCCCGGUGGGCGAGGAGACGAUGGAUGAGGACCCCAUGGAUCUCGAUGACGACAACCCGACUCUCAAGGUCGGAGAGGAGAAGGAGAUCGGGAAGCAGGGGCUUAGGAAGAAGCUCGUCAAGGAAGGGGAGGGAUGGGACCACCCCGAGGCUGGCGACGAGGUCGAAGUGCAUUACACGGGAACUUUGCUCGACGGGUCUAAGUUCGAUUCCAGCCGUCAUCGCGGGACUCCUUUCAGGUUCAAUCUUGGCCAAGGCCAAGUGAUCAAGGGAUGGGAUGAAGGUAUUAAGACAAUGAAAAAGGGAGAGAACGCCAUCUUCACCAUUCCACCGGAGCUGGCUUAUGGUGCCUCUGGCUCCCCUCCCACUAUUCCUCCCAAUGCAACUCUUCAGUUCGACGUUGAGCUGCUCUCCUGGACCAGUGUGAAAGACAUAUGCAAAGAUGGAGGUAUCUUCAAGAAAAUAUUGACUGAUGGAGACAAAUGGGACAAUCCGAAGGACCGAGAUGAAGUUCUAGUGAGGUAUGAGGCAAGGCUUGAAGAUGGAACCGUGGUCUCCAAAUCCGAAGGAGUAGAGUUCACUGUGAGAGAUGGAUAUUUCUGCCCUGCACUGUCAAAAGCUGUGAAGACUAUGAAGAAGGGUGAAAAGGUUCUACUCACAGUAAUGCCACAAUAUGCCUUCGGUGAAGACGGGAGGCAAGCUUCUGGUGAUGAAGGUGCCGUUCCUCCAAAUGCAACUCUUCAUAUCGAUCUAGAACUGGUGUCUUGGAAAACCGUGACAGAAAUUGGUAAUGAUAAGAAGAUCAUCAAGAAGAUUCUCAAAGAGGGAGAAGGCUAUGAACGCCCAAAUGAUGGUGCCGUCGUCAAAGUUAAAUUGAUCGGAAAACUGGAUGAUGGAACUGUCUUUGUGAAGAAGGGACAUGAUGGUGAUGAGCCAUUCGAGUUCAAGACAGAUGAAGAGCAAGUAAUUGAAGGAUUAGAUCAAGCCGUGAUGUCAAUGAAGAAAGGAGAAAUUGCCUAUGUCACAAUUCCACCUGAGCAUGCGUUCAACCGUGUGGAGUCAAAGCAGGAUCUUGCUGUGGUUCCUCCAAAUUCGACUGUUCACUAUGAGAUCGAGCUUGUAUCCUUUGUAAAGGAAAAAGAAUCAUGGGACCUGAAUACUGCAGAGAAAAUUGAAGCAGCUGGGAAGAAGAAAGAAGAAGGCAAUGCAUUAUUCAAACUAGGCAAGCAUGCCAGGGCCUCCAAGAGAUAUGAAAAGGCUGCUAAAUACAUAGAGUAUGACAGCUCAUUCAGUGAUGAGGAGAAGAAACAAUCCAAGGUGCUAAAAGUGACCUGCAACCUCAACAAUGCUGCCUGCAAACUCAAGCUGAAGGACUACAAACAAGCAGAGAAGCUUUGCACAAAGGUGCUGGAUAUUGACAGCACAAACGUGAAGGCUUUGUACCGGAGGGCCCAGGCGUACAUGCAUCUCUGUGAUCUGGAUUUGGCAGAGCAGGACAUCAAGAAAGCACUUGAAAUAGACCCUGACAACAGAGACGUGAAGAUGGAGUACAAAAUCCUGAAGGAGAAGGUGAAAGAGUACAACAAGAAAGACGCCAAAUUCUACAGCAACAUUUUUGCCAAGCUGAGUAAACUGGAACAAAUGGAAGCAAAUAAAGCAAACACUGUGGGACUGCCAAAGCAAGAGGCGCAGCCCAUGAGCAUCGAGAGCGGUGCUUGAGAGCUGGAGCUUCGAGCUUACCGUGCCUACCUACUUAAGUGUAGUAGUGAUGGACAUGAGAGCAUAUCUCAAGUCCCUUCUUCUCGAUCUGUGUUGUCUAUGCAUCUGUAACUGAGAUACUAUUAAUGAACGGGAAACUCUGUUAAACUUGCUAUUGUAA